CAUCAAAAUGAGCCAAGCUAUGUUUUUGCCUGACGGAUGUUGAAACGGCAGGGGAUUUGGGCAGGACGUACCUUCUUCGUGCUAUUGCUUGUGUUGGCCGUUCGUUCGGCGGCGGCGGCUCGAUCACCAGUUCUGGCGGCGAAGGCAAGGAAGCAGGGAAGAUACAGCGUCUUGGAUUUCCAUGCUGCUGGGGAUGGCAAGACAGAUGAUGCGCCGGUAACAGCUAGCGUAACCCACUCUCCAUGUUUUUGUUCUAUUGUUCACUAUCAUGGAAAGGCGUUCCUGGAGGCAUGGCAAACAGCUUGCAGCGACGGCAGCUCGCCUGUCCUGGUCAUCCCUGGAGGAUGGACAUUCUUGCUGAGCAAAAUCAGGUUUCAGGGGUCCUGCAAGUCGCCCAUCACCGUACAGCUGGACGGGAACAUCGUGGCGCCAAACUACAUUUGGACAGCGGAAUCAGAUAACCUCCUGACCUUCUACAGAAUCGACAACUUGACGGUGGCUGGGAAUGGCCAGAUCGACGGCCGCGGCGCCAUUUGGUGGUCUUGCUACAACCAUAAGCUUUCACAGAGAUGCACCCACCGGCCAAAUGUAAGUACACACACAAUAUCUCCUUCCGUUUCAUUCAUGUGGACACUGAGGCUUGUCCAUGUAAAUCAGCUGCUGGCAUUCGCAUAUUGCAACAAUCUGUGGGUGAGAAACAUACAUUUGAAGGACAGUGCCGAGAAGCACAUGACAUUGUACCGGUGCAGCCAGGCGCAUGUGGACAGCGUGUCCGUUACCGCACCAGCCCAUAGUCCAAACACAGACGGGAUUAACAUGGCACUUUCUGACCAUGUUUAUAUCUCGUCUUGCUCUAUGCAAACCGGUAAGAGUCCUUUCAUUGAGUACAUGCAUGGGACAAAUGCAGGAGAUGAUUGUGUAUCAAUUCUAUCGGGCACAACUGAUGCUUAUGUUACCGACACCACCUGUGGGCCUGGUCAUGGCAUCAGGUACAAAUGUGCAACCAUGUGUAUGCAGACCUGUGAUGAGUGUACGAACUUAAGCAGCAUCUACGUGCAUGUGUGCCUUGCAUUUGUUUCAAGUUAUUUACUGAUGGUUGCAUAUUGGGGAGGAACGGGCAAAGCAAACGGAUUCCUUUUUGAGAACCUCAACAUGACUGCAGUCCGAUUUCCUAUUGACAUCGACCAGUUUUAUUGUCCCCCAGGAAAUUGUCCAACAAGGGAUGGGGGUGUGGCCAUAACUGAUGCACGAUUUAUCAACAUCCACGGUACAUCCUCUGAAAAACAGGCCAUCCAAAUUUUGUGCAGCCAAAGUGUACCCUGCCGUGGCAUCUAUCUCCAUGAUGUUACCCUCUAUUGGAACAAGAAAAACCAUGUUUCCCAAGCACAAUCAAGAAUUCUAAAUGCCCAUGGAACCAUUGUGGGCAAUGUGGUACCUGAAGUGCAGUUCAUAACGGCUCAAUAGUAAGCACUUUCCAGUUUUAGCAUACAUAGCCACGUAGUACAUACUAAGAAGCAGUGAUUUGCUUCCCUGGACGAGUCUCAUGUAAGGCGCAGUAGCACUGUAAAUUGUUUCUAUUGA